AUGGUCGCAUACGUAUCCAAGCUAGCCGCUAAGACAACUCCAUUUUUUGGGAGGUUGAACCUUUCCAACUUGAUUGCCUACACUCCAAACCUUAUGCUCUGGAGUGGAGCUUCCUGGGCUGGUCUUUUUGUCUUUACCGAAGGCUGGCCUUUGUUCCAAAACACCUUCUACAAGAAGAUCCCUCUCGCCGGAUCUCACUGGGUCAAGGAAGUUGCCCCAGAGGACAGCCCACAGUAA